AUGGACUCACGCAACCGCUCAAGUCUGUCUGAAUUUGUACUACUUGGCUUCCCCAAUGUGGGACAUGUUAGGGGCUGGCUCUUUGUCCUGCUGCUGUUGGCAUACUUGUUCACUAUCUGUGGUAACAUGCUCAUCUUCUUAGUUAUACGACUGGAUACAGACCUACAUAAACCCAUGUACCACUUCGUGGGUGUUCUCUCCUUUUUGGAGUUGUGGUAUACAGCCACCACCAUCCCCAAAAUGUUAGCUAAUCUUCUCAGUGAGAAGAAGACCAUUUCCUUUGCAGGAUGCCUCCUUCAGACCUAUUUCUUCCACUCCCUCGGGGCCUCUGAAUGCUACCUUCUUACAGCCAUGGCCUAUGACCGGUAUCUGGCCAUCUGCCAGCCCCUCCACUACCCUGCAAUUAUGACCACAACUCUGUGCAUCAGGCUGGCUGCUGGCUGUUGGAUUUGUGGCUUUCUGUGUCCAAUUUCUGAAGUCAUCCUGGUCUCCCAGCUCCCCUUCUGUGAAUACAAUGAGAUCCAGCACAUCUUCUGUGACUUUCCACCUCUUCUGAGCCUGGCAUGCAAGGACACCUCCACUAAUGUUCUGGUGGAUUUUGCUGUGAAUGCCUUCAUCAUCCUGCUCACCUUCCUCUUUAUCAUGGUUUCUUAUGGAAGAAUCAUUGGGGCUGUGCUAAAGAUUAAAACAGCUGCUGGAAGAAAGAAGGCCUUCUCUACCUGUGCCUCACAUCUCACUGUGGUCCUCAUCUUCUUCGGGAGCAUCAUCUUCAUGUAUGUGAGGCUCAAGGAGAGCUAUUCACUGACUCUUGACCGAACACUUGCCGUAGUGUAUUCUGUAUUAACACCACUGGCCAACCCAAUCAUCUACAGCCUUCGUAACAAGAAACUCAUAAAGGCCAUCAAGAGAACCAUUUUCCGGAAUGGGGCAAGAGCUAGUCCCACUCCCCAUUGA